AAAUGACGAGUAAGGAAUAGUGCGAACAGGAGUGAAUGUUAAGUGCUUGUGCGUUUAAGUCAUUGCUGGAUGGACUAAGUCACUAACAGUAUCGGCAGUUGUCGAGUACUUGUACUGUAACUCUGCAAGUACAAGUAGUUACUUAUGCCUUCGAAGCUUAUAAAACUUCAAAAUUUUGUAAUACAUAAUUAUUAUUUAUCAUCAAGAUCGCAAAAGAGUGUCGUGUCGUGUUUUCGUCCUGGGUCGAAACUCGAAAGCGCCGAUAAUGCACAUUGCACAAGCGCCGCCUGUCGUGCUUUGGAGUGUCCAACAGUUUACGCUCUCCCUCUCGGGACUGCAUUACCAUUACCGUUGUUUAGUUGCCGUAUGUGCUUCUGUUGUCUAUUCAGCUGUCACUUUUGACAACCGCACUUCGAAAUUUAAAGCUCGUUUUGAUUUUGAUUACGGCAUUUUGGAUUUAAUGAUUUUUGUUUUGAAUAUGUAUCUUGAUUAUCCAUUUUUGACUCAUGUUCGAACACUUAAGGUAAACCGUUUUUCAUGCUGUGUCUCCUGCAAUUAAACUGGAUUUUGUAAGUGAUAAUGGACAACGGCCACGGCAACCAUGCAACGUCGACUCCGCGAACUCUGCGGAACGUCACCAAUAAAUCGAGCCAGAUGAAACUGACGGAUUUCUCCUGUGUGAAUUAUGUUCCCAAUUUGAGAAAGAUGGUAGGAGACAGUGUGUCUGCGGGGGAUUUUAGAGUGAUGCCGCAGUCAGCUGGGAAGAAACGCCAGAAGAUGGAACAGUCGACGAACUCCGCACAGAAACGUUAUUACCAGCCAGUUAUUGAUGCGAAUCAGCGAGAAAUUGGGGCGCGAUUGUGUAAAAUGUGUGGAUUUGUUGGGGAUCUGGACGAUGAGGAAGACCGGCGCAUCCACGACAUCCAGCAUGGACGAGUGCAGAAUGGGCGCAUUGAUGGGGAUCAGGCGUUGAAAUACACAGAAUUUAAAAAUGAAGUCCUCUUACGCUGUGGCAUGUACGGAUACAAGGUUGUCCUCAUUAAGACAUCAAGCGGUAAUUCUCUCGUUAACAAGGCCCGAUCGGUGGUUCGCUUAGUGUCGCUGACGAUGGACGGCAUCCUGGUGGAGCGUCUGGAAGACAAGCGCGACAUGGUCGUGCUGUUGGUUGAUGUGCGGCGCCGAUUUGUUGUCGGCUGCGUGUGUGCGGACGUUGUUGCCGCUGACCCAGAGCGUUGUUCUUCUUUUAGUCCAGAGCCAGCUGACCGGGAGCGUAUAUUAUGCGGAGUGGAUUUGAUCUGGAUAGACGCACAGCACCGGCGGAAAGGUUUAGCCAGCCUGCUGCUCGACGCUCUGUGGGAUCAUUUCGCCGACACUCAUCUGGGCGUGGGAGCGUCCUCCGCGCUUACCACUGACCUUAAGAAGUCCCACCUGGCCUUCUCCGAGCCGACGGAGAAUGGGCGGCGGUUUAUUGUGGCGUUUAUCGGAGCAGAGGAUUUUCUUUUGUGUAAUCCGCGUAAAAGAAGGCAUUUGGAGUGAUCUGUCGGUGAGAAUAACUAACUUAAAUAAGGAAUUUGUUGAAGCUCUUUUGGAUCUCUGUAGCUUUGUACCUGCUUUACUGGUUUUGUUGUUGUUGUUUAUCUAUUCAGGCGAGUGGUGUUAUGUGAAUCUUUGCAUAAAUAUUUUUGAAUGUG